AAUCGGUUAAUUGCAGACAGUAUUUUUAGCAUAUUCGCCACAAGCAGGCGGAGCUACGGAGGCUGUGAUGGAAGGCUGCUGCUGCUGAAAAGCAGGUGGAGACCGCGGCUGCACUUUCAGAGCUGGUGGAAGAUUCAAGCUCAGAGGCUUUGACGGGCUCCGGAACGCGCCGUGCGUCUUCGCGUCGCUGGAGGCUGCGACGAUGUGAUGCUCCAUGUUUGGGCCCGGCGGCCGAAGUGUUCCCCGAAACCUGAUAUUAUGCGGGGAUCAAGGGCAGCUGCACGGAUUACAGGGGAACAAAGCACCGGUUUAGAAAACGUUUUGCAAACUGGCAGCCAGCUAUGGUCGACCCCUCGGAGGCUGAGGAGCAGAAAACAAGUUGUAAAGGCCCACACUGGAACGCCAGUCCGACGGCGCCCACGACAGAAGAAAGAUGGGGACGCCGAGUUUUGAGACGCCGCCCGACUGGCAGCUCUGAGCCGUGAGUCCCUGCCACACAUGCGUCUCCUCCCGAGGCCACCUCUCAGGUUGCCGCACCUCAGCAACCUCGAACUGAUGGAGAUUCGUCUCCUAAGUUGCACCUGGAUCUAUACAACUUUGACUCGCCGGCUGCAGAGGGAAGCCGCUAUGUGCUAACAAGCCCCCGCUCUCUGGAGGCCUGUGCCGAUGUGGGGGUCAAACCGGUGGAGCUGCCUCGACCGCUCACCGACUUCGCCCGGGAAGCUCCGGGUCGAUCCAUGCGAGUCGCCACGGGAUUGUUUGAAGUCUACGAGCGGGGACGGCACUCCAAACUGAGGCAGUGCAGGGAGGAGAGGGAGAUUGUACGGGAGGAGAAACGGAGGACGCAGGCGACGGCGAACAGCAGCAGCAGCGGAGUAUCAUCGACCUCCAUAGACCAAACUUCUUCGAGCCCAGUCCUAAACUCAAGCCCUGAUGUGUCCUCUAGAGGUGCCGCAGCCGCCAACCUCUAAAACUCUUUUAUCUAAAGCUCCCUCUCCACUCUUAGUACUUCACUAAAUCUUCUCCGUCUUCGAACAGGUUCCAUAACCUCCACACCUUCCAGCAGAGGUGGAUUUCAAGGCUCGUCCAAAACAUCCAUUUCCUCAUCGUCAGAACAAAUAAAACCUGCCUGGCCGCUCUCGUCCGGCCCUCCACCGGUGGUCCGGAAGUCUUCAGGCGGUAAACCAUCAAACACUUUCCCCAGAUCAACACCAAACCUCCCCUUCCCCCGAGCCAACUCCACGUUAACAUCCUCGGUGUCGAAACCUGCAGUCCAGAGUGCUGGAACGCCUCUGAAUGGCGUAACUAAAGGGCCGUUUUCUCAGCACAAUGGACACCUGGGAUUUCACCCCAAGGUGCGAGGAAGAAGCCAUUCGCUCGAGUCUUUACAGCGAAGGAUGGAUCCCAUCUGCACCUCAACCUCCACCACCACAACUACCACAACGUGCACCUCCUCGGAGUCAGGUGCUUCCUCUCUUUACAGUUGGGAUGGUGCGCGAGAUCACUGGGCGAAAUCCUCCAGCCCUCGAGCUCGAACACUGGCCACCUUCAACUCCCUGAUGGGUCGCAGCCUGAGCCUCGGCGACCUGAGCCACUCUCCUCAGACCACGCAGAAGGUGGAGCGCAUCGUGAAGGAGGUGAAGCGUCGAGGCCUGAAGGCCGUGUCGGAACGUGACCGCAAGAUCGCAGCGUUGAUGCUCGCCAGAUAUCAAGAGGAGGACAUCAUGAGUCAGACUCGGUACGUCGCUCACCUUCAGUGGGACAGCGAGCGAAGGAUGGAGGAGCUUCGACGGGAGCAGGAGGAUAGGGAGAAGCAGCGAGCGGUGCUUCAGUGUCAGCGAGUUUGGCAGACGCAAGUGUCGAUACGGCAGCGACGGCUGAGCCAGCAGGAGCGAGAAUCGGCAGCUGCCAAAAUGCGACAGGCCGAGGAGGCCGAGGAACGAUGGAGGGAGCUGGCGGAGCAGCAGGAGCGAACCCGAUUGCUGAGGCUGCAGCAGGCAGCAAGAGAGGAGAAGCACAAGAAAGCUCUUCAGGAGCAGAACCUGAAGGCCCUGGAGGAGGAGAGGGCCGCCAUGCUGGAACAGGAGAGGCUGCUGCUGAAGGAGAAGCUCACCAUGGCCGAGCUGAAGAGGCAGGAGAAGGAGCACCAGGAGGAGGAGAGACGAGGCCUGAACAAAGCAGAGAAGAGACGCCACGCCGCCUUGAUCCAGGAAAUCGCUCGCCGAGAGCAAGAGGAGAGGGACGAGGCCAGGAGGGCAGCAGAGGAGAAGCUGAGCCGCUCGCUGGAAAACUACGAACAGAUUGUUGAGCGUCGAGGGCAGGAGCUGAAAGAAAAGGCAAAGCGUGAGGAGAAGCAGAUCCAGAAAGCUCGUAGGGCCGCAGAGAAACGUGAGAGGCAGCAGCAGCAGCUUCUGGAGGCUCGGGUGAAGGAGGCCGAGAAACGAGCCCAACAGGCGGCUCUGGUGGCCGAAGAAAGGGCCAGAGAAAAAGCCCAGCGAGCCGUCCAGAGCCGGCAGGAGAAGGAGCGACUGCAAAAGCUCAACAGGCAGCGAGUGGAGGAAGAGGAGAAGCAGAGGAGGCUGGAGCUGCUGCAGUCCAUCGAGAGGAAGCUGGAGAAGAGCGAGCAGAUCUUCAAGGAAAAGAGAGCGGUGCUGGAGAGCGCCCGGUCCGUCGCUCGCUCUUUCCAUGUUCGAGACAAAGUGCGGGAGGAGACCAACAUGCGUACUUUUGAUAAAAUGGCCCUGGAAGCUCAGCUCAAAGCCAGCCUCGAUGACAAAACAAACCCAUAGCUUUGUCGUGAAGUCCUUACUUCUGGUCAUGUGCUCGGGCUUCUGCCUUCAUUAUGGCCCUCAUCACUCGACAGCUUUACCCAUCAACACCCACAGUGUUAUUUUUCCUGACAUAUCUUUACCCAUCGGCUGGUUUUUAAUGACAUUUUUGACCAUUUUUUUUUUUAUUAUCGAUCCUGUCAGGGCACCAAAAAUCAUCUUUGUAUCAUGGAUGUAAUGAGACUGCAAACUAUAUCAGCUGUAACAAGCCUGCGUGGUGUAAACAGUAGACUUCAUAUUAGAUGAGAGUGUAGAGAGAGCUGCUUUGUGCGGCAACACGACCCUUCCUCUCGCUUUCUCUUUGCCCUUCUGCUCCGUCCAUCUCAGCUACUGGACUUGAAAGCUGUGCUGGAAUGAAAAGAGUCAUUGUUUACCAGGAAGCACAACUCCAUGACGACUGCGGAGGCUUUUAAAGCAGCGCUCCUGUAAGGGAUAUUCAAGAGAGAGGUUCCGGACCCUCAAAGCAAAUCAAGUAUCCUUUUGUAAAUUGACUGACGAUGCUAGCGUGGAAGUGAAGCCCUGGGCUGGACGCUGACAAUGCAGCACAGGAAGGCCAUGUGCACGAGUCCUGUGCUGAUGAAGCAGCAGAGGAUGCGGUAUCUGCAGCAGGACUUUUGUUUCCUUCAAGGACUCCCUCGAACUCCCCUUUUCAUUUCAGAUUACAGUAACAAGUGGAGACAGACGCCUCUCGACUCCCCCGCUGUCAAUCUGCCCCCAACACAGCUGCCUGGUGAUCGAGUCAAGGUCAGCAGGUACAUUGGAGACAGACGGGAAACGGGGGAGAAGAGUGGGAGGAAGACAUGCAGCUAAGGACCGCGAGCAGGAAUCAAACCCUGGCCGCUGCAUUGGGGACCACCCUCUGCACCUGGUUCGCCAGCUUAUCCUGUUGAACUAUACGUCCUGGUGAUGAAGGAGAGCUGCUGAUGUGACCUAAGCUCCUAUUGAAAGAGCCUUUUCUUCCCACACUGAGCUGUAUCAACCCAAGCAAGUCUCUCUUCUGAUGGUAAUUUACGGAGCUUUGUAUGGAUCACAGUCCUGGUGAUGAAGGAGAGCUGCUGAUGUGACCUAAACGCCUCCUGAAAGAGCCUUUUCUUCACACCCUGAGCUUUAUCAACCCAAGCAAGUCUCUCCUCUGAUGGUAAUUUAUGGAGCUUUGUAUGGAUCACAGUGAGAAUUAAUGGCUUAUCCUCUGAAAUGUGUAAAGUUACUGUGUUGCUACAGUCAAGUGUGUAAUAACUGGACCGCCACAGUAACAAUUCAUAUAGAUGACAAGGAAUGUAAAGCAAAUUGCGAAGUCCUGCAAAAGUAAUACAAGGUAAUUUUUAAGUUGCUCCCAAAAAUUUCUCACUGUGACCUUUAGGAGGCUUCGUAUGAAUUGCAUCCAUAUCAAAGUUAGGGUUUUUUUUACAGGUUAACAGUGCCAUCUAUUGUGCUGCAAAGACCAGAAUGAACCUACAAGCCUUUUUCCUACAUUAAUGACACGACAUGUACAAGGUUCAAACACAGCUUUAUUAGCAUCAAGGCAUGUUAUUCAGUCCAUAAGUAUGUUCCUUCUUACUUCACCCUGACAUGUGGUCUAUAUCAUUUCUGGUAUUAAAGGAUAAGUCCAGUAUUUUUUAUUCCUUUUUUCCCCAAUCGUUUUGGGUCAGAAAUAAUUGGAAUUUAUGUACAUAUUGAGCAAGAACGCUGCAACAGUUAAAUGUCAUGGAGCGAUCCAGUCCCAAACACAGUGGGCCGAGUUAGCACAGGAUAGCUGGAGAAUUUAGAAGUUCAAUGGAAACCAUGUCGCCACUACUUAAAUUAGAACUCUUCCAAUGAUGGAUUAUAAAGGUGUUUGUUUUAUAGUAGCUGAGUCACUCUGAAGGAGAAUAAAAUAUGACUCAAUUUAUGAUUUCAUCACUACAACAACCCCUUAAUUAACCUACCAGAAGCCAUGUUGUUGCGCUGUUGCUCAAUAUUGGGCUGAUUUGAACAAUUAAGUCCCUAUAUAUAAUAUUAAAUUAGGGUAUGGGUUUAAACUACCAGAAUUAUCCUUUAACGUACUGAACAUUUGUACAUUAUCAUAAAACGCCAGCUUCAGUGAAUUACAUUUAGUUGCAUCAUCAAGAAACCAUUUUCACAUGUAGCAAUAAUGAAUUUGGUAGAGGUUGAUAUCGGACGAUUUUCAUUGUUUCCAUCAACCGUGUUAAAGUAAAGGACACAAUCUGUGCAUACAAUCAAUCCUUGGAAAUAAAAACAAACAUUUUUCAAGAUGGA